CAACCCCCCUCCCCCCUCCCUCUUCAGAUCCGAUCUCUCCAACACACGGGCACACACCACCAGCCCUCCUCCGCCGUCUCGCUCCAGGGAGCUCUCGCCACCGCCGCCUGCCGCCAUGGCGGCGGCCAACGCCCCCAUCGCCAUGCGCGAGGCGCUCACACUGACGAGCCUGGGGAUUGCGCCACAGUUCGUCACCUUCACCCAUGUCACCAUGGAGUCGGACAGGUACAUCUGCGUCCGGGAGACCUCGCCGCAGAACAGCGUUGUUAUCAUCGACAUGGCCAUGCCCAGCCAGCCCCUCCGCAGGCCUAUCACGGCCGAUUCCGCGCUCAUGAACCCCAACACCAGGAUCCUCGCGCUCAAAGCCCAAAUAGCUGGAACGACGCAGGAUCACCUGCAGAUCUUCAAUAUCGAAGCUAAAACAAAAGUAAAGUCGCACCAGAUGCCUGAGCAGGUUGUGUUCUGGAAAUGGAUCACCCCCAAGUUGUUGGGUUUGGUAACACAGACAUCUGUUUAUCACUGGUCAAUUGAAGGAGAUUCUGAACCCACCAAGAUGUUUGAUAGGACAGCUAAUUUGGCUAAUAAUCAGAUUAUUAACUACCGUUGUGAUCCGGCAGAGAAGUGGCUCGUGCUUAUUGGAAUUGCACCUGGUGCCCCUGAGAGGCCGCAGUUGGUGAAGGGAAAUAUGCAACUUUUCUCUGUUGAUCAGCAACGUAGCCAGGCACUUGAAGCCCAUGCAGCAUCUUUUGCAACUUUUAAGGUUCCUGGCAACGAGAAUCCGUCAACGCUCAUCUGUUUUGCCUCGAAAGCAACUAAUGCUGGACAAAUUACUUCUAAGUUACAUGUUAUUGAACUGGGGGCCCAGCCAGGGAAACCUGGGUUUUCCAAGAAGCAAGCCGAUCUCUUCUUCCCACCAGAUUUUCAGGAUGAUUUUCCUGUAGCCAUGCAGAUCUCUCAAAAGUAUGGACUUGUCUAUGUAAUUACGAAGCUUGGCCUUUUGUUUGUGUAUGACUUGGAAACUGCCGCAGCAGUUUAUAGAAAUAGAAUCAGUCCAGAUCCUAUAUUCUUGACAGCAGAGUCUUCUACAACUGGUGGAUUUUAUGCCAUCAACAGAAGAGGGCAGGUCUUACAUGCCACAGUUAAUGAUGCCACUGUUGUGCCUUUUGUCAGCGGCCAAUUAAAUAACCUUGAGCUAGCUGUGAAUCUUGCCAAAAGAGCUAAUCUUCCUGGGGCGGAGAACUUGGUUGUGCAAAGAUUUCAGGAACUGUUUUCGCAAACAAAAUACAAGGAAGCGGCGGAGUUGGCUGCAGAAUCUCCUCAGGGUCUUCUGCGAACCCCUGAGACUGUCGCAAAAUUUCAGAGUGUUCCUGUUCAAGCUGGGCAAACACCUCCACUGUUGCAGUACUUCGGCACAUUGCUAACUCGAGGGAAGCUCAAUGCUUAUGAGUCCCUUGAAUUAUCUCGACUUGUUGUCAAUCAGAACAAAAAGAAUCUUCUAGAAAAUUGGUUGGCAGAAGACAAGUUGGAAUGCAGUGAAGAGCUAGGAGAUCUUGUUAAGACUGUAGACAAUGACCUUGCGUUGAAAAUAUAUAUAAAGGCUAGGGCAACCCCUAAAGUCGUUGCUGCUUUUGCCGAAAGAAGGGAAUUCGACAAGAUCCUUAUAUAUUCAAAGCAGGUAUAUUGCGUUGGUACUGCUGAAUUCUUGUUUUUGGUAGGUAGUCCCCAGUUCAGCUUGAACAUUGACUCUGUUGUCUAUUUUUUUUAUCUCUUCCAGGUUGGAUACACUCCCGAUUACCUCUUCCUCCUCCAGACCAUCCUACGUACAGAUCCACAGGGAGCUGUAAAUUUUGCUCUCAUGAUGUCACAAAUGGAGGGCGGUUGUCCAUUAGAUUAUAAUACAAUAACCGAUCUCUUCCUUCAGAGAAAUAUGAUACGAGAGGCAACAGCUUUUCUGCUGGAUGUUCUGAAACCAAACUUGGAAGAGCAUGCUUUUCUGCAAACCAAGGUUUUGGAGAUCAACUUGGUGACUUACCCUAAUGUUGCUGAUGCCAUCCUUGCUAACGGUAUGUUCAGUCAUUACGACCGCCCCCGCAUUGCUCAACUGUGUGAAAAGGCUGGUUUGUACUUGCGAGCCCUCCAGCACUAUGCGGAGUUGCCUGAUAUCAAACGCGUCAUUGUAAAUACCCACGCCAUUGAGCCACAGGCACUCGUUGAGUUCUUUGGAACACUUUCAAAAGAAUGGGCACUAGAGUGCAUGAAAGACCUUCUACUGGUCAAUCUGAGAGGAAACCUUCAAAUAGUUGUGCAGGCCGCCAAAGAAUACUCUGAGCAGCUAGGUGUCGAUGGUUGCAUAAAACUAUUUGAGCAAUUUAAAUCUUAUGAGGGCUUGUACUUUUUCUUGGGAUCCUAUUUGAGCUCCAGUGAAGAUCCAGAUAUCCACUUCAAGUACAUAGAAUCAGCUGCAAGGACUGGACAGAUCAAAGAAGUUGAGCGUGUAACCAGAGAGUCUAAUUUCUAUGAUGCUGAGAAGACGAAGAACUUUCUGAUGGAAGCAAAACUACCUGAUGCCCGCCCACUGAUUAAUGUUUGUGACCGCUUUGGUUUUGUUCCAGAUCUGACUCAUUAUCUGUACACAAAUAACAUGCUCAGGUAUAUUGAAGGCUAUGUACAGAAGGUUAACCCUGGGAAUGCUCCAUUGGUAGUGGGGCAGCUACUUGAUGAUGAGUGUCCUGAAGAUUUCAUUAAGGGUUUGAUUCUAUCUGUCCGCUCUCUCCUUCCUGUUGAGCCAUUAGUUGACGAGUGUGAGAAGAGGAACCGCUUACGUCUGCUUACACAAUUCUUGGAGCACUUAGUGAGCGAGGGUAGCCAAGAUGUGCAUGUCCAUAAUGCUCUUGGGAAAAUUAUCAUUGAUAGCAACAACAACCCAGAGCAUUUCCUUACUACCAAUCCAUUUUAUGACUCUCGUGUGGUUGGUAAAUACUGUGAAAAGCGGGAUCCUACACUUGCUGUUGUUGCUUACAGGCGUGGACAAUGUGAUGAUGAACUUAUUAACGUUACCAACAAGAACUCACUUUUCAAGCUGCAAGCUAGGUAUGUGGUUGAAAGAAUGGAUGGUGAUCUUUGGGAUAAAGUUCUACUGCCUGAAAAUGAAUACAGAAGGCAGUUCAUUGACCAAGUUGUUUCUACUGCAUUGCCUGAAAGCAAGAGCCCUGAGCAAGUUUCUGCUGCUGUUAAGGCUUUCAUGGAAGCUGACCUCCCGCAUGAGCUGAUUGAACUUCUUGAAAAGAUUGUUCUCCAGAAUUCUGCAUUCAGUGGAAACUUCAAUCUUCAGAACCUGCUCAUCUUGACCGCCAUUAAGGCGGACCCAUCCAGGGUCAUGGACUAUGUUAACAGACUAGACAACUUUGAUGGUCCUGCUGUUGGAGAAGUAGCUGUCGAGGCACAACUGUAUGAGGAGGCUUUUGCCAUAUUUAAGAAGUUCAACUUAAAUGUUCAGGCUGUCGAUGUUCUGUUAGAUAACAUCCGAAGCAUAGAAAGAGCUGAAGAGUUUGCAUUCCGUGUCGAAGAAGAUGCUGUUUGGAGUCAGGUUGCCAAGGCUCAGUUGCGUGAAGGUCUAGUUAGUGAAGCAAUUGAGUCAUUCAUCCGCGCAGAUGAUGCCACACAUUUCCUUGAUGUCAUCCGUGCUGCUGAGGAAGCCGAUGUAUACCAUGAUCUUGUCAAGUACUUGCUGAUGGUAAGACAGAAGGCUAGAGAGCCCAAAGUCGAUGGAGAACUCAUCUUUGCAUAUGCGAAGAUUGAUAGGCUCAGUGACAUUGAAGAGUUUAUUCUUAUGCCAAAUGUUGCUAAUCUUCAAAAUGUUGGUGACCGGCUGUACGAUGAUGAACUUUAUGAAGCUGCAAAGAUCAUCUAUGCCUUCAUCUCUAACUGGGCUAAGUUGGCUGUCACCCUGGUCAAGCUGAAGCAGUUCCAAGGAGCUGUAGAUGCUGCUCGCAAGGCUAACAGCGCUAAAACAUGGAAGGAGGUCUGCUUUGCUUGUGUUGAUGCUGAGGAGUUCCGUCUAGCACAAAUAUGCGGGCUCAAUAUCAUCAUUCAGGUUGAUGACUUGGAAGAAGUGAGCGAAUACUAUCAGAAUAGAGGAUGCUUCAAUGAACUUAUUUCUCUCAUGGAGAGUGGUCUUGGACUUGAACGUGCACACAUGGGCAUCUUUACAGAACUUGGAGUCCUUUAUGCUAGAUACCGCCCUGAGAAGCUCAUGGAACACAUCAAGCUUUUCUCCACCCGUCUCAAUAUUCCUAAGCUUAUCCGUGCUUGUGAUGAACAACAACACUGGAAAGAGCUUACUUAUCUAUACAUACAAUAUGAUGAAUUUGACAAUGCUGCCACCACUAUUAUGAACCAUUCUCCAGAUGCAUGGGAUCAUAUGCAAUUUAAGGAUGUUGCUGUUAAGGUUGCAAAUGUUGAGAUAUAUUACAAGGCUGUGCACUUCUAUUUGCAAGAACACCCUGAUCUCAUCAAUGAUCUUCUCAAUGUUCUUGCGCUUCGCUUGGAUCACACAAGAGUCAUAGACAUAAUGCGCAAGGCUGGUCAGUUGCAUCUUGUGAAACCAUACAUGGUUGCUGUUCAGAGCAACAAUGUCUCUGCUGUCAAUGAAGCAUUGAAUGAGCUUUAUGUUGAGGAGGAGGACUAUGAGAAGCUCCGUGAGUCAGUUGACAUGCAUGAUAACUUUGAUCAGAUAGGUCUUGCCCAGAAGCUUGAGAAACAUGAAUUGCUUGAGAUGAGGAGGAUUGCUGCAUACAUUUACAAGAAAGCUGGUAGAUGGAAGCAAUCUAUUGCCCUAUCGAAGAAAGACAACAUGUACAAGGAUUGCAUGGAAACAUGCUCACAGUCUGGUGACCGUGAGCUGUCGGAGGAUUUACUUGUCUAUUUUAUCGAGCAGGGAAAGAAAGAAUGUUUUGCUUCUUGCCUCUUCAUUUGUUACGACUUGAUUCGUGCGGAUGUUGCUCUCGAGCUUGCAUGGACAAACAAUAUGCUGGACUUUGCUUUCCCCUACCUGCUACAGUUCAUCCGUGAGUACACAAGCAAGGUAGAUGACCUGGUGAAGGACAGGAUUGAAUCGCAGAAAGAAGAAAAAGCUAAAGAGCAGGAGGAGAAGGACGUCGUUGCUCAACAGAACAUGUACGCUCAAUUGCUCCCUCUGGCCUUGCCUGCUCCACCUGGUAUGGGUGGUCCACCCCCGAUUGGUGGGAUGGGUAUGCCUCCUAUGGGUGGGAUGGGUAUGCCUCCGAUGGGUGGGAUGGGUAUGCCUCCGAUGGGUCCUGGUCCGAUGCCGGCAUAUGGGAUGCCUCCGAUGGGAAAUUACUGAGUUGGCUUUUGAAGAACAUAGAUGAAGUCGAUUGUUUCAGUUUUUUUACACACAGGGAGCAUGGGGAUCCCAAGGUAUCUUUUAAGUUGUAGAUUGAUUUGGGCUAUUGGUUGUUUCAGUUAAUAUUCUUUUGGUACCAGGACAAUUUUGGCGAGCAAUAUCUCUAGCCGAGGUACGAGUUAAUUUACUGGUUUCUAUAUAUUGUGAUCGGGUAGGAUGAGAAUGAGAUUAGGUUUCAGCUGAAGAAUGAGAGGUGGAAGACUGGUACCAUUUGUAUAGCUUGUGUUAUAAAAAGUCUGUAGACAUUUUGGGUGUACACUCGUCGGUGUUGGUCCAGCCAUGAACAUAAACACUCCCUGUAUGUUAUAUGUUCACUUGUGUCCAGAGGUUUGGUUUUUGUACCUGGAAGAAUGCUCUUUGUUGAACGACACGGUGUAUUUGUAUUUGUAUUUGUAUUUGUUAAUGGUCAGUAGUUUCCCUGA